CGCACUUUGCACGAUGGCCCUCAAAGAAACCGUGUUGAAAGUAUUCGAUCAAAAUGGAAAAGCCGCACUCUAUGCAGCUGGGGCUGGUGUUGCACUGCUUGGACUGGGGCUGGGUUACAAGUACAUGCAGAGACCGAAAAAGUUAACUCAGGUUGGCGUUAUUUCACAGCUGAUUCUUCAUCCUCUCAAAUCCGGGAAAGGACUCCAAGUGGCCAAAGCAGAAUGUCUGCGUAUGGGUUUGAAACACGGAGAACUCCGCGAUCGACACUGGCUCGUGAUUGCAGAGGACGGACGGAUGGUGACUGCGAGGCAGGUCCCGCGCGUUGUGUUGGUGAGAAUGACGGCCGAGGGAGGAGACAUCUGCCUUAACGCCCCUGGCAUGGAGGAAUUAAGGGUUCCUCAGCAUCAGCCGAACAAUAACAUACUGAACUGCAAGGUGUUCACUGAGAACAUCCAGGGGAGGGACUGUGGGGACGAGGUCUCUGGCUGGCUCACACGUUACCUCGGCAAGACUGUCCGCAUGGUGCACUACGAGCCUCGGAUGAAGCCCAGGAAGUGUAAGGAGAGGAAGCCACCCUUUCCUCCAGAUGAGGAGGUUGCCUAUUCUGACGCAGGGCCAAUCAUGCUGCUGUCAGAGGCCUCUCUGAGAGACCUGAACUCCAGACUGGACAAUGAUGUUACUGUGGCCCAGUACAGGCCCAGCAUCGUAGUUAAUGACUGUGAGGCUUUCAGUGAGGAUUCCUGGGACGAGAUCCAGAUCGGCCCUGUGAGGAUGAAGAGGGUCAUGGCCUGUGGAAGAUGCAUUUUAACAACAGUGGACCCUGAUACUGGGGUGAGCAACCGCACAGAGUCCUUGGACACCCUCAAAAGCUACCGUCUGUGCGAUCCAUCAGAGAAGAAGACGUACGGACCAUCCCCUCUGUUUGGGCAAUACUACAUCGUCAAACAGACCGGGACCCUUCACGUUGGAGAGCCUGUCUACAAGAUAAGCUACUGAGAUACUCAUGAAUGUUAGCAUCAUUAGAUUGCUUAUGUUGAACAUGGCGUCGGUGGUCUCAUUGUGCGUUGUGUUUUCACAAAUUGCCUAAUUAUUGUAUUUUAGAGUUAUAUAAUCCAGCUAAGCAUAAUGAAGGUGAUACCUAAUCAUGGCUUCUAGCACAAUGUGGGACAUGCUAGCACAUUUUUCAUGAAAUUCAUAAAAUAAACAAGUUUCUAUUCCAUAGCAAGAUACUUGCUGACUACAGGACUGUGAUCCCCUUGAUCAGGAUAAUUAAAAGCUAUGCUGGCAUCA